UACCGCAAAAAUGACAAGGGCUACUCAGACCAUUUCCAUCUUCUUGCUGCUCUCUUCCCUCUACCUGGCCCUCUUCCUUGGCCUGAUCCCCCUGCCGACGAAGCUUCAGGAGGAUAUUAUUCCCUACGUCCCCUUCUGGGCCCUCAUCUCCUUCGGCGCCUAUCUCCUUGGCAAACUCGGCUACAAUGUCAUGACCUUCCACGACGUCCCCGAGGCUCACAAGGAGCUUAUGGCUGAGAUUGAUCUCGCUCGCGCAGACCUGAAGAAGAUGGGUGUUGAGGUGGAUUAGAUGCGAUAUGCGACGUGUGGGACAACAAGACAGCAAGAGCCCGGUUGCACAGGGUCACAUUUGUUCUCGGCGUAACAGCAGACGCCAAUGGUAUUAGGAGCUGAAGAGGGCGUUACAGGGAAAAAGUCUAUGUAUACAUACUCGUACUCCGAGAUUAGGUUGUUCUACCACA